CGACAGGCGUUCGAUGCGGACGCGAACCGAGCAAGUAAAAACGGCAACGUGACGCGAACGCUGUGCACAGGCGCAGCCAACAGUUACGUAUUACGUACAACAUUAACAGAGUGCUUUUUUCGCCAUGCGUUGGUCGUAAAGCUAAAUUUCAAAUAGCAAAUACAAAAUAGCCAAUAAACUUGCAGCAAAAUUCGCGGCUGCUGCUUUUUUAAACUGCACUCAAAAUUGAACGACAUUCUAAAUUGGAUUUAAAAACAACAAUUUAAACAAAACUAACAAGCAGAAACAAAAUUAUAUGCAGUUUUUUUUUUUGACAAGUUUGAUACCGCCUGCAUAUAUUACAUAUAUAUAUAUAUAAAUCUAGCAUGAAGGGCUGGUUCGACGCAUUUCGAGACGAUGGCGGUCCAACGCUUUAUUCCUUCUCAAAUCGCACACCCGUCACCGGCGAUGUGUCUAUUGUGGCCGUAUCUGUUCUAUUUGCCACAUUCUAUGUGGCAUUUCUGGUCAUAUUUCCGGGUGUACGAAAGCAGAAGUUCACAACAUUCUCAACGGUCACACUCAGCCUCUUUGUGGGUCUAGUCAUACUGAUCACCCGAUUGGGCUCCGCGUGGCAUGUGGCACAUGCAACCAUCAUUGCACCAUACAAAGCCUUCUCACGUGAGAAGCUGCCCGCCCGCAUUGGCACCCACAUUGGCCUCAUGCACGUCAAUGUAACACUCACAGCCAUUCCGAUUGGUAACUGGACACCGCCUGAUAUUGACUACAACGAACGAUUCACUUGGGAGGGCGCCAACGAUAUGAGCGCUAACUAUCGACUGGCCUUACAGCGGGGUCUGCCCUUCCCCAUUCUCACCGUGGCCGAGUAUUUUAGUCUGGGCCGCGAAGGUUUCUCCUGGGGUGGUCAAUAUCGCGCCGCCGGCUAUUUUGCCAGCAUUAUGCUGUGGGCCUCGCUGGCCUCCUGGCUGCUGAUGAACCUGCUGCUGCUGGCGGUGCCGCGCUACGGCGCCUACCUCAAAGCCCUAACCGGUGCCCUGCUUGUCUGCACCGCCAUUGGCUACCACUGCCUGUUGCCACAGCGACCGCUCUGCAUAUUCCUAGAAGGUGGUCGCCUCGAGUUCCACUUUGGCUGGUGCUACUGGCUGGUCCUUGUCGCGGGUAUUCUGUGUUUUAUUGUCGGCGUGCUGAUCUCGAUAAUUGACCUGGUGUGGCCGCACACGUUCUCCACAGUGCUGGAGGUGUAUUAUGGUACACCCUACGAUCGCCACGUUAUCCUGGAAGAGUCAAGCGAUGUGCGCUAUCGCAAGCCGCGCAAUAGUCGCGGCUUGGAGGAUCCACCCGGAUUGGGAUCACGGAUUUUGCGACGCCUCAGCUCCAAGGCGCGCGACAUGCAGGGCGGCACAGUGCCGCGUCGUGGCAGUCCCGCUGGCGUCUCGAGCAGCGGCGUCGAGAAUAAGGCCUUCCAGGGCGAUGCGCCCAAGAGUCCGUGGCGUCAUCCCUUCCGCCGUUCGCAACAGCUACAGCAACAGCCUCAACAUUCGCAAUCGCACACGUUGCGCAAUGCACAUUCGCAGCUGCAACUGCAUCAGCAGCAGACACAGCAGCCGCACCAGCAUCAUCAUCAGCAGCAGCUGCAGUUUGUGGGCGGCGGCGGUCCGAUUGUGACGCAUCCCAUGCAUCACAUGCAGCGCACCCUGUCGCAGGACUCCGGCUCCAGUAUUGCCUCGGCGACGGUCCAAAUUUCGCCGUUGCAUAAACAUGCGAUGGCUCGAAUGUUGCCUAAUCCGCCAGUGGAACGCAUACGCGACAUGGAUCACUGGUAGAGAUCAGCGUCUGCGUGGCAGUAAUGAAAGCCUUGAGGGCUUCCCAGUGAAUUCUUGACAAUUCAGCAAACUCUUAUUGACAACAACAAGCAAACAAACAAACCAACAAAAACAAAAAAAGAAUGCUACAAAACAAUUUGUGAUAAUUUUUUAAUUUAAAAAAAGAAAAAUACGAAAGAGAACUUAAAUUUGUUUUUAAAAUAAUUGACAUCAUCGCGUAAUUUACCUGACGUACUUAUACAAAUUUGCUAAAUGUAAUUCACUUAAGUUAAUUAAAUUAUUUUAAAUGUUUAAGUUAAACAAAAUUUGUUGUAAACUGUGACGUCAUGUUCUCACUUGUGAUACGAUUAAUCUACCACACGACGAACACAGAUUAGGGUGAUCAUUUUAGAUAUUGAUUUGAAUUAAUUCUAUUUAAUCCUAAUAUGAAUUCCAUGCCAGUUUAUGUAACGAUUAGCUUAACGAUCUAUUGUAUAAUGCGUAUAAGCUAUGUUUUUUUUUAAGCUGUGACGAUGUUCUAAAUAUAUAUUGCAACAAGUGCAACAAUUCCGGACUUUAUCUGAAUAUAAUCCAACAAAUAAAUUUGCAUCUAUAAUAUUUAA